CUCAGAGCAUAUUUUCAGUGAAGGCAGCUACAACCCAUGGAGCACAGGUGGUCUUCAAGAAGGGACAGAAUGAGCUAGUGAACAAAGAUGGGACAGUCUUCUCUAUCGAAGAAUACAACAGACUCUACUAUUUGAAAACGAGCAACCUGUGGAAUCCCCCAAACCUAUAAAGAGGCGCUGAUGUCACCAGAGACACCAAGGUGGAAACAGGCAAUGGCAGAAGAAAUCAACUCUCUGAAAGAGAAUGACACAUUCGAACUGACUACUUUACCUACUGGUAGAAAUACCAUUGGAGGAAAAUGGGUCUACGCUCUCAAAGAAAAUGAACAAGGACAAAUAUUCAAAGCCAGGUUUGUAGCAAAAGGUUACAACCAAACACAAGGCAUAGACUACCAAGAGACAUUUGCACCAACAGCAAACAUGACAUCUGUGCGAGCCCUAAUGCAAAUAUCAGUCCAGAAUGAUCUCAUUAUCCACCAAAUGGAUGUUAAAACUGCAUAUUUGCAUGCUCCCAUUGAGGAAGAAAUAUACAUGGACCAACCAGAAGGUUUUGAGCAAACAGAGUCAGGAGAAAAUUUGGUGUACAAAUUAAAGAAAUCCCUUUACGGGUUAAAACAAUCAGGGAGAAACUGGUACAAACUCUUGAAUGACUACCUUGAACAAAAUGACUUUGAAAGAAACCUUUCUGAUCACUGUGUAUACAGGAAAGACAUUGACCAUGAAACUCUACUGGUUAUCAUCUGGGUAGAUGACUUGAUCAUUGCGGCUAGCAAUAAUAACUUGUUAAACACAUUCAAAGAAACAAUGAGGUCAAAGUUUAACAUGAAAGAUCUGGGGAAAAUAUCCAGUUUUCUUGGUAUCCAGUUUAUACAAAAAGAGGCUGAAAUCAGGAUGAAUCAGAAGAGGUACAUUCAAAGAAUGUUGGAACGCUUUGGGAUGUCAGAUUGCAAACCUAGAUCCACACCGUGUGAACUAAAAACGGACACUACUACAUGUGGAGGAAGUGAUGCAAAUGAGACAGUUAACUCAAGAGAGUACAGAGAAAUAGUGGGCAGCCUGAUAUAUGCCAUGACGUGUACGAGACCAGAUAUAAGCUGGGUUGUUAGCAGACUAUCUCAAACACUAGCUCAACCCACGAGAGAGGACUUAGUAACGGCAAAACAAGUCCUCAGAUACCUAAAAGGUACAAAUGACUUUGAACUGAUCUUUAAGAAAAGCAGUGAGGAUCUAGAUCUAAUUGCUUACAGUGACUCUGACUGGGCAUCCUCUGUAAAAGACAGACGCAGUACAACAGGCUACUGUUUUGCACUUACUAAAGAGGGACCAGUAAUAUCUUGGAAAACGAAGAAACAGCCUACAGUGGCACUCUCAACAUGUGAAGCUGAAUACAUUGGUCUUGCAACCACUACUCAGGAAAGCAUGUACUUAACCCAACUGUUAAACGGCAUGGACAGAAAAAGGUACACGUGUACUAAACUGUUUGGGGACAACCAAGGGGCCAUUGCUUUGAGUAAAAAUCCAGUGAACAGACAGAGGUCGAAGCACAUUGAUGUGAAAUAUCACUUCAUUCGUGAAGCGGUAAAUGAAGGAAAAAUCCGCAUUGAACAUUGUCCAUCAGAAGAAAUGGCUGCAGACGUACUAACAAAACCAGUUACAAGAGUGAGACUCAGAAAGUUUCAAAAAUGGUUCUUUGGAAAUGCAUAAGAUGCUGUGGGUUAACAGCAUGAGAACAAGGGGGGGUGUUAGAUUUGUGUUCUCAUGAGUAAAUAUAUUAAUUUAUCUUGUGUUGUAAAAGACGUUUUCUGAUUGUCAUUUUAUUUUGGAAAUGAUUUUAUUUUGGUGAUCAUAGAUGACUUCACUUCCUGUUCCUUGUUGUUGUGAAGCGCGAACUGCCAGAAAUGGAUGUAUGUUUUCCCCUCCUGUGUUGCGGACAAUAAAAGAAACGGGAAAAGUAA